AUGAAUGAGUACUCAGUGGUACUAUUUUUUGUUUACUUUAAACCCUCAUCUACUGCAUGUUCAUCUCGGUUGGAGGAUUUGCCAUUUUUGGCAAAGGGAGAUGUUUCCUCACCUACCAAAAAGCCUGUGGAAAAGCCACUUGUGUUGCUCUGGUUCUGGCCACUGGGUGUGAGAUGGAAUUUUUCGUUCUGCCAAACCCAUUUCAACAUCGAUAGCUGUGUUCUGACAGAUGACAGAUCCCUUUAUGACAAAGCAGACGGAGUGGUUAUUUUUCACCAAGACAUCAGCUGGGACCUGAAGAACCUGCCUCAGUCUCCUCGUCCACAUUUUCAGAAAUGGAUCUGGUUUCAAUUGGAAUCACCAACAAAUACUGCCAGAAAACCAGGUGUGGAAAACCUCUUUAACCUCACUUUGGGCUAUAGACGAGAUGCUGACAUCACAGUGCGAAAUGAAUUGACAACCGUGAAGAAUGAAAAGGACAGUGAGUUUGUGCUGCCCAAGAAGGAUAAAUUGGUUUGUUGGAUUGUGAGCAACAACAAUCCUGCAACUGGGACAGGAACCAGAGCAAAGUACUAUCAAGAGCUGGUCAAACACAUCAAGAUACAUCUUUUUGGUGCUGCUUUUACAGGGAGUCGUUUGAAGUAUGAGGACUAUUACUCAACCCUUGCUAGCUGUAAAUUCUACCUUUCAUUUGAGAAUUCAAUCCACAGAGACUACAUCACAGAAAAGGUUAACGGACCACUUGUAGCAGGAACCGUACCAGUAGUCUUGGGCCCACCCAGAGAGAACUAUGAACAGUUUUUCCCAGCUGAUUCUUUCAUUCAUGUAAAUGACUUUACUAAUGCAAAGGCACUGGCUGACUUCCUUCUUCAAUUGGACAAGAAUGAUGAGAUGUAUGUAAGUUACUUCACUUGGAGGAGGUACCUUAAUGCCAAGCCCCACCUCCAGAGAAUAGAGCAAGAGUUUUCUCAACCUGUUUGUUUAGCCUGUGAAUACAUGGCAAGAGACAAAGGAUAUUAUAAUGUUUUCCACAACGUUUAUGAAUGGUACUUUGUUUGAGGGUUCAGCCAACAUUUUGUAAGCACAGAAAAUAUCUAUUUGGCUUAGCUACAUAAUUCUGCUUUCUUUUUUUGUAUCAAUUCAAAGGAUGGUCAUUCAAGGUUUUGGGGUCUAUUCAUUU